CGGACGAGGGAAGGCUUCGUUGAACUUAAGCCUUUUUGGUAUAGUUCUGUCUGAUUUUCCUAAAGUCAUAGCAUAAUCACUGCCACAGAGAGAUUCACCUUCCAAGAAAGAUGCACCGCUUUUGUAUGUUGGCAACGAUCGCGAGGAGACUAAGCAACCAUCCAGAAUACGUUUUCGUUGCUUCGAAUUCCAUGCGCAAGCUAUCAACGCCGCAGUCUAUGAAGUGCUUGCCAAGAAGACAAAUUAGCUGCUCUAGAGUUUUAAGCAGCAAUUCAGACAAGGAGCUAUAUGAGGAAAAGGAUUACGAUGAGAGGCUGGCCAAAAUUAGAGCAGAAGAUGCAGAGAGCAGUAAACUUGUACAUGUGAAUUUAACACCUAGCAAGGUCAAAGUUUCUCCAUUAUCUAUGUCUAAACACGUCGUUUCAUUUGAGAAAGCGGCCUCCUUAGGGAAAACUAAAGAGAACUUUGUGGGAGUGAUCGAUAAUUUUCUCGCCAGAAACCGGACCAGGAGGGGGCAUAUGGAAUUUCUCAAGACAGCUAUGAAUUACGUGGAGGAAUUUGAUCUAGGGAAGGACGUUGAAGUAUACAACAGAAUGCUAGACGUGUUUCCCAGGGGUAGAUUUGACAACAGAACUCUAUUUGAUGCUAUCUGGGCAAAGAAGCAUCCUCAAGCUGAGCUGGCAUUAGACAUCUUGACGCUUAUGGAAGACAACUGGAUCUCACCUGAUGAAACCACUUACGAUAUUGUACAUGAAAUUUUUGGCCAUGCAAGUCAACCUUUGCAAAAGUGUAAGCGGCUGGUGUAUUGGUAUCGUAAAAUGGAGGAAAUGUUUCCUAAUCCUUACCCAAAAGCUCUACCUGAAAGUGAUGCAGAGUUGAGCAAGCUUGCUCUGGUCAGAAUGACUAAAGAUGAGCAGAUUAUCACCAUCUACAAGGAUAAUGCUGAUGGUGAAGGCCAAGAGUUCUUGGUUGGUGCUCAGACUGAGCAGCAGAAGAACAUUUUAGAAGGUUACAACUCACACAAACCAAUGUAUGUAGAAGGACCUUUCUUCAUUUGGGUUCGUCGCCUUCAAAGAUACUUCUUCACACUGAGAACUGAUGCUGAGUUUGAUGAGGAGAAUGGGGAAGGUCAAAUUGUUGCAGUCUGCAUGAGUCAUGCUAAUGCCAGUGAAGAUCUGCUGAGAUCAUGGAUAACUAACCUUCAAAGUGAAAAUCCUCAGUUAGCAAACAUCAGUGUCAUCUUUAACCUUAACCAAACACCAAGAUAACAAUUAACCCUUUAACCCCUAAGAGUGACUGGCAUCUAAUUUCUCCUUACCAUAUCACCCUUGAUUCAAACAUGAAGGUCACAAGAAUAAAGGAAAUGAUCACCAACUAAAGAAGCUCUUGAUUGUUAGACAAAUUCUCCUUGUCAGCACCUUAGGAAAUGUUCAGAGAACACUAUGGAGAAUAUGUAUACUGAUGUUAGGGAGUAAAGGGUUAAAAGGAAUAGAUCUUGUACUUGUGGCAGUUGAAAAGAACCUCAAGUUGAAGUUAUUCUAAACAAGGUUGAUGUUUAUCUUUCUUCGUUUAAUAAUGAUGGAAAUUCUUCUGGAACAAAGGUGAAUACAUAUUAAACUGGUUAAAAAUA